AGUGACAAAUGGGUCGCCACCUUAGCUAUUUCAGUCAACGUAAUAAGGCCCCUACCCUUACCCAUUGCUCCAUCCCUAAAACGGCGUCGUUUAGCAGCUCCAUACUCAUCUCCCCAAUAACCAGUAGUUACUACAUGCAUUUUGUGAUUCUUUAGUUUCUGAAAGUGAUGAACGACCUCUCAAAUGCAGUGCUGAGAGAAAAGAAAACUCCAUUUUUACCCAAAUUAGCAAUCUUCAUUCUGUUCUCUGUUUUCAUAACUGGGUUUUCAUUUUCCAUUUUUAUACUGAUAGUGGUCCAUAACCCAAUCUUUUUUCUUGCGUUUCUACUUGUUUUUGGUUCAGUCGCAUCGUUCAUUGCUUGGAAUGUACAUAACCGGAAGUACAAAGCUGCUGUUUUUCGGUUUCUCCGUUCUUUUCCUGACUCUGACCUCGCUUCUUCAUCCAACGGACACCUUGUUAAGAUCACUGGGGUCGCAUCCUGUGGGAGUGUUUCAUUGGAAUCGUCCUAUGAAAGGGCUCCUAGAUGUAUAUAUUCAUCUACUCUAUUGUAUGAAUAUGGAGGAUUCGGAUUCAAGAAAAAGGGUGCAAAUAGGUCAUGCUUUCAAUGGAGUUUAACAUAUUGUGAGAGGUUUUCCACCGACUUCUAUAUAACCGAUAGGAAGUCCGGUAUGAGAGCAUUGGUGAAAGCUGGUCCAAAUUGCAAAGUUGUUCCCCUAAUAACUGAAAGCAAACUUGUGACUACUACAAGACAAUGCAAAAGGCUAUCGUCCGACUUUGGGAAAUGGUUGCAAGAGAGGAAUCUCUCGGUUGAAGCUCGUCAACUACGGUUGGAAGAAGGGUAUGUGCAAGAAGGUAGCACGGUGACUGUAAUGGGAGAGUUGCACAAAAAUAAUGAGAAUGUGAGGAUUGUUGAACCUCAAGAGCUCCUAUGUACAGGAUUUCUGUGGAGAAAGCUUAUACUUCCUAUGGAUGUGGAUGGAUUGGUCAUAGCCUAGGGGUUUCUCAUGUUGCAGGCAACAGCUAACCCAUUAGAAAACCAGGAAUAGUUAGGGCUUUAGCUAAAAUAGUUCAUAAUAUUUCAGUCUUGAAUUUUCAUUAUUUUAUCCAGUGGUUUCAGUGCAGAACUUGUGGUUUGUAUGGUUCAUACAGAGUCUGCAGACAAGCAUUUCAUUGUUAUAAAUGGGCCGAUGGGCUUAAAGC